AUGAUCUCUCGCGUCCCAAUACGCGCUGUCAAAUACGCUCGCCCAUUAUCAAGGCGCUCCCCAAUCUGCUUGAGGUUUGCCAGCUCCCAGAACGGCUCUCCAUCGAGCAAAAUCACCACCGCGCCCUUCCGACUUUCUCCUGGUGAGGCUUUGGAGAAGAUGCACAUUAAUGCCCUCCUCGCUUCAGGCAAAUUAGCUUCAAUACCAAACAUUGUAUAUGCCUUUUUCCUCCGUUUCUUCGGCCCAUCGGUGACACCCAUCGCCCGCGAAUUUGGUUUUGGCGAGAAGCUAGAAUUGAAGGAUAUGAAGGCGGCGUUAUAUCCUGUCUGGAGAGUAGAUGGUGUGGCGGAAGGAAAGGUUGAUAUUGUGCACGGAGAGGGACAGAACCAGCUGAAAUCGCCAAGCCCGACACUGAGUAUGAGCGUUACGGAAGGUUAUGUGCCAGGCAAUCCAUUCGCACCACUGUCGUAUCUCUCCUUCGCCGUCCCGCCCCUCUACUCCGACCUCCCCGAGUACGACCCCUCCAAAGACCACGACCAACUCAAAGACUACGGCCUCGACAUCGUCCCCAUCCCAUUCACCGUCUCUCCCCUCGGCCUCGUCAACCACAUCCGUCGUCUGAUAGACAAAAGGACGUGGGAUCAUUGGAAGAUUGACGAGAAGAAGAUUGAAGAAAAGAUGCUCGCAUGUUAUCCGAUCAUGUUUCCCAUCUACAUUGCCGAAUUUGAAUACGACCAAGGCGAGGAUGGGAAGAGGAGGUUCAACGUUUUCAUGGAUGCGCAUGAUGAGAGUGUCAAGACCUGCCGAGUGAGCUGGCCACCACCACCGCACCUUAUUGAAGAGGGACGCUUCGACCGAAAUUACUUUGUCAACCCGGCCCCCUUCAUGCCCGUAUCAACAAUCGGCCUCUACCCCCUCCCCCCCACCCCCAGAUCAGCACUCAUAGCCGCCCAACGCACCAGGCUCCCGGAAUUGUACGGCAAUUUCAUGUCGCCCCCUCCCGACCUCGACGACCCCUCACAAAUCCCUCCUUCACCCAUGUAUGCUGCACAGCAAGCAGCUUCGGAAGGCGAGGGGAUAGAUUGGGAGGAUGAAAGGAUUAUGAGCUGGAGUGGGGUGGGGAGGGAGGAAAAUGGGGAUUGGAUAGAGUUGUAUGAGAAGACGCAGAAGGGGAUCGAAACUCUGGAGACGAUGCGCUCUUUCUCAUCCAACAAUCCUCACCCAGAAGACCUCAAAGGCCUUGUCAUCACAUCCCCUCUCGAACGCCGCGCCGGCCACUCCAUGAUAGAACGAAAAUCGCUCAAAGACAUGGAAGAUCAACUGGAACGAGAUGUGAAGCGGAUGAAGAGGGAGCUCGAAGAGUCGAAGCCUGCUUGGCUGAGGGCUUGGAUGCAGAAGCAGAAAGGGAAUAGCAAGUGA